AUGGUUGAGCCGUGUAGCACAACAAUACUUGACAAUGUGCAGCAUAUCCUCCGCAUGUAUGUCCACUCUAUCAUUGUCAUCCUGGGGUUGCUAGGCAACCUGCUGGUCAUUGUCACAUACGCCUUCUACAAGAAGACCAAGUCCAUGACUGAUGUGUACCUGCUGCAUGUGGCAGUGGCGGACGUCCUCUUUGCGGUGGUGUUGCCACUUAUCAUCUACAACGAGCAGAAUAACUGGGCAAUGGGGGUCGUUGCCUGCAAGAUUCUGCGAGGUGCCUACAGCCUCAACCUGUACAGUGGGCUGCUUCUGUUAGGCUGCAUCAGCGGCGACCGCUACCUCGCCAUUGUCUGCGCUAGCCGUUCACGAUACCUCCGCUCCCGCACGCCUGUCUACAGCCAUGCCAUCUGCCUUGUCGUCUGGGUCAUGGCUCUUCUGCUCUCCCUGCCCACAAUCAUCUACUCACAACUGUAUUAUUACAAUCCCGAAACAUUGAUGGUAGAUUUUUAUCAGAACAGCUCAACAUCUUACAGCAACAACACAGAGAUGACCAACAGCACUACGGAAGUCGUCAUGAAGAUUCUGAUUCCAAGACUCAAGAUGGCGAUAGGGUUCCUGCUGCCUCUGAUGGUCAUGGUCUUCUGUUACACCUGUGUCAUCCUCACUCUGCUCAAGGCACGCAACUUCCAGAGGCUCAGGGCGGUGUGGGUGGUGCUGACGGUGAUGCUGGUGUUCAUACUCUGCCACCUGCCCUACAACCUCACACUAUUGGUGUACACCAUCACGUUGUGGGACCAGAAGGACUGCAGUGCUGAGAUCUCCCUCCAAAUGGGGCUGCACCUCACUCAGACUCUGGCCUAUCUGCACUGCUGCCUCAACCCCUUCCUGUACGCCUUUGUGGCUGUGCUGUUCCGCAGCAACUUCUGGAAGGUUCUGCAGGACCUGUGAUGUGUGGGGAGGGACUACAGUACAUGCGGACGCGACGCCCAUCUUCCCACCUCACCUCAGAUGUUUGCCUGUCGAUGCGCCGUUGCACCGCUGCGGCGAUGCACAGACAACGACACCCCCUUCACCAUGUGACCCCAACUAGGUCCUCUUAAGAUUGCAAGAAGACUUAUUCCCACGUGCCAAACACCAACUGAAACUGUUCCACCAUUUUUACCACACCAUUUUGUUAUUAUAACCCCACUGACUUCCAUUGAAACCAUAACCCCAUCCCUCAUCAUUGUAACCAAUCCUCCAUCAUUAAUUGGUAAAUAUCUUCAUGAUGUGACCUGAUUUGGCUUAACAUUGCAAUCUCACAGUGACUUUGACUGCGGCACAAACUCCUUUCCCAUCUCAUUGGCUGUGUGACUCUCCCCCUCUCCCUUCCAUUAUAAGUUUUUAUAUAAGUAGUAUAAUAUAAGUAGUUUUUGAUCUAAGGCUGUGUGUGUGUGUGUGUGUGUGUG